CCGGAGCGUUGUGCUGAACAUCCGGGCAACAGUGUGGUGGUGUAGUGGGGAAGAUGGCGGCGCUGAUCCUCCCUACUGAUUGGAUCAAAAAUUGGGAAAAAUCCGGAAAAAAUGAGUUCCUGCAGCUGUGUCGGGACCUGGCAGGCAAAGCCGAUGAUGAAGUGUUCCUUAAAGAUCUCCAGAUGGCCCUGUACGAGCUCUGCUGGCACGUCAUCCACGGCGGUCUGAAGGUUGACGUGGCUGCCAGCCUUCUGGCUGAUGUUACGGAGCUGAGGGAAGAAAUGCCUUCUGUUUUAGCUGAUGUUUUCUGUGUAUUAGAUAUCGAGACCGGAUGUUUGGAGGAGAAACACAAGCGAGACCAUUUUACUCAGCUGGUGGGAGCGUGUUUGUGUUGCGUUUCUGACGCCGUCCUGAAAGAGAGGCUCGACCCCGACACGCUCGAGUCCCUCGGCUUGAUCAAACAGGCACAGCAGUUCAACCAGAAGAUUGUCAAAAUCAAGACCAAGCUGUUUUACAAACAGCAGAAGUUCAACUUGUUGCGCGAGGAGAACGAAGGCUACGCCAAGCUAGUGACAGAGCUGGGCCAAGAUCUCUCAGGAAACGUCACCAGCCAUCUCGUUCUGGAGAGCAUCAAGUCUCUAAUAGGAUGUUUCAACUUGGACCCGAACCGCGUGUUAGAUAUCAUUCUGGAAGUGUACGAGUGCCGUUCGGACCAGGACGAGUUCUUCAUCCCUCUGAUCAAGUCCUACAUGUGUGAGCACCAGACCCUGUGCCACAUCCUCGGCUUCAAGUUCAAAUUCCAUCAGGAACCAAACGGAGAAACACCAUCGUCUCUGUACCACGUCGCCGCUGCUCUUCUCCAGCACAAUCUAAUCGCCCUGGAGGAUCUCUACGUACAUCUGAUCCCUCUGGACUCCAGCAUCGUGGAGGAGCACAAAAGGGAGAUCCUGGAGGCCAAGCAGAUCGCCCGCAAGCUCACCAUGGUGGUGGUGCCGUCGGAGAAGAGCGACGACAAAGAAAAGGAGAAAGACAAAGAAGAGGAAAAGAAUGAAAAGCCUCCCAAUAACCAGAAACUGGGCUUGCUCGAGGCGCUGCUGCAGAUUGGAGACUGGCAGCAUGCACAGAGCAUCAUGGAGCAGAUGCCACCCUUCUACGCCACCUCGCAUAAAUCCAUAGCUGUAGCACUGUGCCAACUGCUGCACCUCAUCGUGGAGCCUCUGUACCGCAGAGCCGGGGUCCCUAAAGGCGCUAAAGGUGGCGUGUUGAAGCUGCUAAGGAACAGGCAAGCUCCUUCUCCCGUCGAGAGUUUCGAGGAUCUCUCCAAGGACGUGUUCACCAUGCUGGGCUACCUGGGCCCACACCUCUCCCAUGACCCCAUCCUGUUCGCCAAGAUCGUGCGUCUGGGCAAGAGCUUCAUGAAAGAGUACCAAAGUGAAAGCAAGCAAGAUGCCAAGGAGAAAAUGGACACACUACUCAGCUGUUUCCUCAGCAUUGCUGACCAGGUGCUGCUGCCUUCACUCACUCUCAUGGACUGCAACGCCUGCAUGUCAGAGGAGCUCUGGGGUUUCUUUAAGCUCUUCCCUUACCAGCACAGGUAUCGGCUUUACGGGCAGUGGAAAAACGAGACGUACAGCAGCCACCCUCUGUUGGUGAAGGUGAAGGCCCAGACAGUGGACCGAGCCAAGUACAUCAUGAAGCGAUUGACCAAGGAAAACGUGAAGCCAUCGGGGAGGCAGAUUGGCAAGCUGAGCCACAGUAACCCCACCAUUCUCUUCGAUUACAUUCUCUCUCAGAUCCAGUGGUAUGACAACCUCAUCACCCCUGUGGUGGACUCUCUGAAAUACCUCACCUCUCUCAACUAUGAUGUACUAGCUUAUUGCAUUAUUGAAGCUUUAGCGAACCCGGAGAAAGAGAAGAUGAAGCAUGACGACACUACCAUUUCAUCUUGGCUUCAAAGUCUGGCCAGUCUUUGUGGAGCAGUUUUCCGGAAGUACCCUAUCGAAUUGGGUGGCUUGCUGCAGUAUGUGACCAAUCAGCUGAAAGCAGGAAAGAGCUUUGACCUGUUGAUCCUGAAGGAGGUGGUGCAAAAGAUGGCCGGGAUCGAGAUCACAGACGAAAUGACAGCAGAGCAGCUGGAGGCCAUGACCGGAGGAGAGCAGCUUAAAGCAGAGGGAGGAUACUUUGGCCAGAUCAGGAAUACAAAGAAGUCGUCUCAGCGCCUGAAGGACGCUCUGCUGGAUCACGAGUUGGCUCUUCCUCUCUGCCUGCUGAUGGCUCAGCAGAGGAACGGCGUGGUUUUCUCCGAGGGAGGGGAGAAACACCUCAAACUAGUGGGCAAACUGUAUGAUCAGUGUCACGAUACACUGGUGCAGUUUGGCGGCUUUUUAGCAUCCAACCUGAGCACCGAGGAUUACAUCAAGAGAGUUCCUUCCAUAGACGUGCUUUGUAACCAGUUCCACACUCCCCAUGAUGCUGCUUUCUUCUUAUCCCGCCCGAUGUACGCCCAUCAGAUUAUGGCCAAGUACGACGAGCUGAAGAAGGCCGAGAAGGGAAACCGGCAGCAGCAGAAGGUCCACAAGUACAUAGCGGCAUGCGAGCAGGUGAUGGCGCCUGUGCACGAAGCGGUCAUCUCGCUCCACCUGCCCCGAGUGUGGGACGACCUGCGUCCGCAGUUCUACGCCACCUUUUGGUCACUCACCAUGUAUGACCUGUCUGUUCCUCAUAGCGCCUACGACCGUGAGGUCAACAAGCUCAAGAUGCAGAUGAAAGCCAUUGAAGAGAAUCCAGAGAUGCCGCUGAACAAAAAGAAGAAGGAGAAGGAGCGGUGCACUGCGCUGCAGGACAAGCUACUAGAGGAGGAGAAGAAGCAGCUGGAGCAUGUGCAGAGGGUCCUGCAUCGCCUCAAACUGGAGAAGGACAACUGGUUACUCACCAAAUCCACCAAGAACGAGACCAUCACUAAAUUUCUUCAGCUGUGCGUGUUCCCACGCUGCGUGUUUUCAGCCAUCGACGCCGUCUACUGCGCCCGUUUCGUCGAGCUCGUGCACCAACAGAAAACCCAGAACUUCUGCACACUGCUUUGUUACGAUCGCGUGUUCUCUGAUAUCAUCUACACCGUGGCGAGCUGUACUGAGAACGAGUCUCGGCGUUAUGGCCGUUUCCUGUGCUGCAUGCUGGAGACAGUGACGCGAUGGCACAGCGAUAAAGCCAUCUAUGAGAAGGAGUGCGGCAAUUACCCAGGGUUCCUAACCAUUUUCCGAGCCAGCGGCUUUGACGGAGGAAAUAAGGCAGACCAACUCGACUAUGAGAACUUCAGACACGUCGUUCACAAAUGGCAUUACAAGCUGACUAAAGCUUCGGUGCACUGUCUGGAGACGGGCGAGUACACCCACAUUCGCAACAUCCUCAUCGUGCUGACCAAGAUCCUGCCGUUCUACCCAAAAGUGCUGAACCUGGGCCAGGCGCUCGAGUGCCGAGUGCACAAGAUCUGCCAGGAGGAGAAGGAGAAGAGGCCUGACCUCUAUGCUUUAGCUAUGGGCUACUCUGGCCAGUUGAAAAGCAGGAAAGCUCACAUGGUGCCUGAGAACGAGUUCCACUACAAGGAGCCUGCGAGCACCGCCAACCCUGGCGCCCUGCAGAACGGCCCAGGCAGCUCCGGCAAGCCUGGCACUGCCACCCCUGCCUCUGCCAACACUGCAAAAAACGAGGAGGGUGCUGCCGAGGACACGGACAAAUCUAAGGACAAAUGUCAGGUGGCUCAGAAAACGGCCAGCAAGAACCCAACCACGGCGAAUAAAGUGAGCAGCAGCAACGGCAGCAGCACACCUAACAGCAUCAAAGGGAGCAAAGAGAAGGAGGACAAGGAGAAGAGUGUGAAGGAGAAAAAGGAGAAGAAGGAGAAGACCGCUGCCAGCACUCCAGAGGCCAAGGCAGGAGGGAAGGAGAAGCAGAAGGAGGAGAAAGCGGGUGACGCCAAGGACAAGGUGCCCAAGGCUGAGAAGGACAAGAGGAAGGAUGACAAGAAGGACGAGAAGAGCAAGAGCGACGCCAAGGCUGCAGACAAAGAGUCAUCCAAGGAGCGAGAUGUGGCCAAAGAGGGCAAGCUAAAGGAAAGCAGCAAGGGCGAGAAAAAUACUGGGUCCCUUAAGUCCCCUGUUCCCAGAUCAGAAGGAAUCGAGUCUGAACGGGAACAAAAAAGACGAAAGCUCGACACACACUCUUCGCCCUCACACUCCUCUGCAGUUAAGGACAAUCUCAAUGACUUCAAGGACUCAGCCACCAAGCAGCAUCACACCAACAACAGCACCGGCCUGACCAAGAGCGAAGCUGAGAAGAAAGAGUCCGACAAGUCCAGGGACCGCUCCAAAGAGAGGGACAAGAAGGAGGAGAGGAAGGACCGCAAACGAGACUACUCCAACAGCGACCGUGAGAUGAGCCAGGAAGCCAAGCGCCGCAAAGACGAGAACGGAACAAGCUCCUCAAAGCACAGUAAGAGCGCCAGUCCGCCUGAUUCGCCCCGCUCCAACGACAAGGACAACAGCAAACGCUCCAAAUCCACCAGCAAAGACAAGAGCGACCUAGCCAAAUCCGACAAGACCUCCGGAGGCAAAAAGGAAUCCAGGCACGACAAAGAGAAAUCUGAAAAAAAGCGAGACAGCACCGGUGCGAAAGAAGACAAGAAACACCAUAAAUCAUCUGAAAAGCACAGAUAAUGUAACCUGACAUGGACAAGAGUUCCACACUGCCUCUGGAAGCAAAAUCAGCACACACACACUGCGGGUCUGGAGCCUCAUGGAAUAGGUUUCCUUGGCCGAGUAGCUGCACAAACGCCUGCAGCCACUAUGCACGAUGCCAGGCUUCGGAUGGAAUGGUUUAAAGCACACCACCACUGGAUUCUGGAGCAGUGGCAUGUUUCAUGCUUUACUAGCCACAAAGCUAGGUUUUGGCGGAUGGCAAGAGAACACUAUGUACUGGAAUGCAUAGUGGCAUUCCAGGGAAUUAAGGUUUGUUUCUCUGGGUUUGUUUCCUUAGUUCCAGUAGAGAGUAAUGUUAAUGUUGCAGCAAACAAAGACGGUUUUGGUGACAAAAAAAGCCCAUUUCCUCUUCUAGGAUCAUUAAGACAUGCUGUGUGAGGUAUUCCAGUGGCCUGCACAGAACCCUCACUACAAUCCCACUGAACACCUUUACCAUGCAUUGAAACGUCACUAGCUCUUCAGGCUUUCUCAUCCAACAUCAGUGCCCAAGUACACAGAUAGAUACUAUUUUGACUGAAUGGGCUCAAAUUUGUAAAGACACACUCCUAGAAACUAAUUAUACAAGGUUUUGGAAGAGUGGAGGCUGCUCUAGCAACAACUGGGAGUCCAACUGGUUAUUAAUGUCCAUAUUCAUAUAGAUGUGAUGGUCAGGUGUAUCCUAACACAUGUAGCAUUUUGUUUUAUUUAAUUCCACAUUGCUACAAUUAAUCUACAUGUUACUGUUAGCAGUCGAAUUUGCUCAUCAGCCCAUCAACACUGGUUUUGUUAGAUUGCUGCUCCAACAUGUAACAUUAUUUUGUCACCCCCCCCCCCAUUUAAUUUACUGAUUUCUUCACAUAUUGUGUUCAUAUACAGGCAGCAACAAAGCACAUUGCUAGGCAUAGCCCUAGGCAUAACAUUAUGACCAUUAUGGCCAAAUAUUGUGUUGGUCCCCCUUUCGAGGCACGGACUUCACUAGAUCCCUGAAGGUGUGCUGUGGCACCAAGAGGUUAGCAGCAAAUCCUAGUAAGUUCUGUAAAUUGCAAGGUGGGGGCAUCCAUGGCCUCCAUACUUACAGGACUUAAAGGAUACCUUUGAUAGAUACUGACCAUUGCAGACCGGGAACACCCCAUAAGAGCUGCAGUUUUGGAGAUGCUCUGAUCCAGUCGUCUAGCCAUCACAAUUUGGCCAUUGUCAAACUCGCUCAAAUCCUUACGCUUGCCCAUUUUUCCUGCUUCUAACACAAAUUGUUCACUUGCUGCCUAAUAUAUCCCACCCACUAACAGGUGCCAUGAUGAGGAGAUAAUCAGUAUUAUUCACGUCACCUGUCAGUGGUCUUAAUGUUAUGCCUGAUCGGUGUAUAAUUAAAUAAAUAACAUCUCAGUGUUUCAUUCUUCCUUAACUACAGCAGCAUUCCAACCAUUACAUUUGUUCUGUUGAUUAAAGAAUGAGAUAUUAUAGAGUUUUUUUUUUUUUUUUGUAGUUAAAUGUAACUGUGAGGAAAAGUCCUUUCUGUGAUCGCUCUCUCCUUAGCUUUUCUUUACUCUGUCUUGAAAUUGAUUAGAAGGAAGCGAAAGCCACAUAGCCUGGAAAGCCGCUUUACCGUUCCAAAGCCCUGACACUAGAGACUCCUUCCAUCAAAUCUCCUUCCAUAAACACUUCCUUACUUCAGCAUAAUGAUGAAAAUUUUGCAUAACAUAUUAGACAGUCACACCAAGACUGGGUGUCAGACAAAAGCAACUUACCUGUGCAUGUCCAUUUUCUUUUCUGCCUUCACUGUAUGUCGAUGUCCUGAGCAAUCUGACCAUGACUGUGUACCACAUGAGGAUUUCAGAUGCUUUUCAGUCCAAUCACUACAACUGUUCUCAUGUCAAUAACGUAGCCCCCCACUCACAAAAAA